AUGGCUGGUUCACUGGCUAUCGGGCGGAUGCAAGCUGCCCUCGGCCAGGCUACCAACGAGCUUUUCGCUGACUAUGGUUGCGCGUUGUCCGUUAUCGGCUACUUCGAAACAGGACAGGAUUUCCUCGGAAACCUCGAUUUCAAGGACGUUGUAGGAUUGUCGGCCGGUGAUUCCCUGUACGUACCGCGAAGGCCUCGCCAUCCUCGCCCGAAAUACGUGAGCUAUCUAUCACCUGGAACCUCGAUACAGGCUUUAUCUCCCUUUGACGAGCGCCCGGAAGAUUGUUUUGGGCGUACAUCAAUGCACCUCUCAUUCACUGAGUGGGAGUCUCCUCUAAUGCACGACGGAGCAGUCGUCCAGAGGGGUGUAUAUGCCGUGAUCUUGGAGGCUGCCGUCCAGGUCCGGGACGGGGGAGAUUGGGCCGCGGACGUCGACAUUUUAAAGGCACUCAACGGCCCCCUCAUCCAACGCCCCUCCGACUUGCCCCCAUGCACCCAUGAAGACUCGAAUAGGUCCUUUGGUAAGUGCAUGGCUCUCGAGACGUGGGGUCAGGUUAUCGAUACUCCCGAGGGCAUCCUGAUCACCAAAUCCCACAUGAACUGGGUUGCUCGCCUCGCCCUAGCGGCGGUGUUGACACAACACAGCAAGGUGAGGGACCAGCAGGUGUUCGUCUGCCAGCCGGAUACAUGUGGUCGCUGUGUUGUUGAGCACGUCCUGAUCUCGAGGAACACCAUCAUCAUUGACUAG